GACCCUGGCAACCCUGCGUAGUAGGUUACUUUACCUGUGUGCAGGUAGCCAACGUCGCAUCGGAAUAAGAGCUUGUUUGCUUGCGUAGUUAGGAUAAAUCUAUGUGUUCGGAUUUAGACUAUAUGUAAGGUUGUCGUCUAUAAUUUAGUUUCUCCUUUGAAACAUUCCCGGGCGGGGGUGUUCCAGAUGAAAUGAUAACUGGAACGGGCACUUUCACUUUUACUUACCAUCCCACAGAAGUGUACAACUCGAACCGAAGGAAAUGGCAGUCAGCUUUUUUGGGAAAGUUAUCAUACCGUUUUUGGCUUAUUUUCUCGUGGAGGUGACAGGUGAACAGCAGUAUGGUGGCCUGGGAGGCAAGAUCACCCUGACCCCCAAGGUCUCAGGACAGCCUGAGGACAUCCUGUGGAAACACAAAGGGAACAAGGUGGUGGAGUUUGAUGGGAGUCAGAAUGUUGAGUAUGGCAGUUAUAAAGGCAGGACCAUCCUGGACUGGAGCUCUGGAGCGCUAACUAUCAAAGGUCUCGCUGAUGCAGACAGUGGGCCCUAUGAGUUAGAGGCUGUUGUCAAGGGCACGCUGCAGUACUCUCAACAUGAGGUGGACGUUAUUGAUGAUGUGGCACAGCCCAGCAUAACCUGUGUGGUCGACAACACAACCCCAGAGAACAUGGACAGAACCCUGCUGUGCUCAGCUGACCUCCAGCCCCUGACCCAGUUCAUCUGGAGGAGUCCUGGAGGGUCAGAGAGUCCUGGACCUGAACUGUUCAUACCUGUCGGGGAAAACCAGGAUUCUGUCUACACAUGUGUGGUGAAAAACCCUGUUAGUGAGAAAACUGCAGAGUUCACCCUGAAGGACUGCUACACUACGGAAGGCUCAACCAGUGUCCUGGCUGUGGUCCUGUCCAUCCUCCUUCUCCUCAUCUUAGUUGCUGUUCUGGCAUUUCUCUUCUGGUACCGGAGGAAAAGCAGGAAACCGGCUAAAGCUGCACUGAGAAAAUCUGAAGAGGAGGCGGGGCUGAUGGAAGUUACAGUACAAGGAAACAAAGAUCCUGAGGAUGACCAUUCUGAGAACACUGGAAAUAUUUAUUCUACACAAAAAGGAAUGGUGAAAAAGCAGGUAGAGCUGUUAAACAUGCAGGAUACAGAUGCAAACAGGAAACGGCACACUACACCAGCUGGAAGAUUUUUCUCUCCAAUAAAAAGUGGGCACUGGCCUCUGUACAGACAGAAUGACAGUCUCUCAGACCAACAGACAGUGACAGACACAGAGCCUGUACAGGACAAGCCCAUCCCGGCCCAACCAAAACUAGUUACACCAGAAUCCAAAGAAGCCCAGCUAGGCACGGACACACCAGAACCCAACCAGGAAACCGCUCCAGAGAGAGAGACAGACUCAGCAGGCACAACAGAGACAGGCCAAACAGACUCAGGAGCAUCGGCGGGAUCUGUGAUGGACAACCAGACAGAAGAUGGAGAGGAGGAGAAGAAGGACAACCAGACUAGAGAUGGAGAUGAGGAGAAGAAGGACAACCAGACAGGAGAUGGAGAGAAGGAGAAGAAGGACAACCAGACAGGAGAUGGAAAGAAGGAGAAGACAGACAACCAGACAGGAGAUGGAGAGGAGAAGGAGAAGAAGGACAACCAGACAGGAGAUGGAGAGGAGAAGGAGAAGAAGGACAACCAGACAGGAGAUGGAGAGGAGAAGGAGAAGAAGGACAACCAGACAGGAGAUGGAGAGGAGAAGGAGAAGAAGGACAACCAGACAGGACAUGGAGAGGAGGAGGACAACCAGACAGGACAUGGAGAGGAGGAGGACAACCAGACAGGAGAUGGAGAGAAGGAGAAGAAGGACAACCAGACAGGAGAUGGAAAGAAGGAGAAGACAGACAACCAGACAGGAGAUGGAGAGGAGAAGGAGAAGAAGGACAACCAGACAGGAGAUGGAGAGGAGAAGGAGAAGAAGGACAACCAGACAGGACAUGGAGAGGAGGAGGACAACCAGACAGGACAUGGAGAGGAGGAGGACAACCAGACAGGACAUGGAGAGGAGGAGGACAACCAGACAGGAGAUGGAGAGAAGGAGAAGAAGGACAACCAGACAGGAGAUGGAAAGAAGGAGAAGACAGACAACCAGACAGGAGAUGGAGAGGAGAAGGAGAAGAAGGACAACCAGACAGGAGAUGGAGAGGAGAAGGAGAAGAAGGACAACCAGACAGGACAUGGAGAGGAGGAGGACAACCAGACAGGACAUGGAGAGGAGGAGGACAACCAGACAGGACAUGGAGAGGAGGAGGACAACCAGACAGGACAUGGAGAGGAGGAGGACAUCCAGACAGGACAUGGAGAGAAGAAGGACAACCAGACAGGAGAUGGAGAGGAGAAGAAAGACCACCAGACUAGAGAUGGAGAGGAGAAGGAGAAGAAGGACAACCAGACUAGAGAUGGAGAGGAGAAGAAGGACAACCAGAUUAGAGAUGGAGAGGAGAAGGAGAAGAAGAACAACCAGAUUAGAGAUGGAGAGGAGGAGAAGAAGGACAACCAGACAGGAGAUGGAGAAUAAGGACAACCAGACAGGAGAUGGA